GGAUGCCAUUCGCAGUUAGUUCAGUAGCGUGGAUGGAGAGAAUAACGCGUGGCUGGAGGAACAAUUGAAAAAUGGAUAAGAUAAUACAACAAAAGGAUGAUCAAAUUAUGAAGCUGCAGGCCCAAUUAUUGGAACAACACAAAAUAUUAGAUAACAGCAAAGCUAAGGAUGCUCAAAUUUUGAGUCUACAAGCUCAGCUAGGGGAAAAGAACAAAUUGGAAUGGAACAGUUUCCAAACAGUGAAGGAGGUUUUUCCAAACUCAUCCCUAACUGAACAUGAGGAUGAAUUGGCAUUAGGCGAACACAGUCAGUUAUUCAGUCUACCACCUGACAGUGUGUUAAAGUUAAAUUCUGUUAGUGCUGCACUAAAAGAAUUGUUAGUAAUAAGUCCAGGCAGCAAAGGAAGUGAACAAUUGUGGGACCGUAUUUGGGCUGAAAAUGGGUGUGGUACGGAAACCCAGAAAUAGCAUGAGUUCAACAUAAAACAGGAAUUAGAAUUUUAGCGGGGGAUCAAGUCAAGUCUGGAAGUGUUACAGGAUGGAAGAGUGAGCCUACAGUUGAAAAAACACUGAGAGUGCAUUGCCGUUAAGGUAUGAGGUAAAGUAAUAGAGUAUGCAAAUUGUCUAAUGAGAAGUACCAUCUUGUGUGAAUGAAUCCUGUAUAACAGCAAUCCUUUAUAGUUCUGUCACAGCUA